UGUUUUUGGCCAAGCCUCGAUCAACUGCCACCACUCUUCUUUUCUUCAUUCGAAAAGAUACUACACUGUGUACAGGUUGACCAUGGCGAGCUCAGGCGCAGGAUCAGGAUUGUUUCUAGGUGGAUCACGCGAAUCAGGAGAAGAUGUCCGCAUUGCCAACGUGACUGCUGCGGUAGCCGUUGCCAACAUUGUCAAGUCGAGUCUUGGGCCGGUUGGUUUGGAUAAGAUGUUGGUGGAUGAUAUUGGUGAUGUCACAAUUACCAACGAUGGAGCUACCAUUCUGGCACAAUUGGAGGUGGAACACCCGGCGGCUCGCCUUUUGGUGGAUCUCUCUCGGUUGCAAGAUGCCGAAGUGGGAGAUGGUACCACCAGUGUCGUCUUGAUUGCGGCAGAAUUGCUUCGCAGAGGCAGCACUCUGGUCAAAAAGGGCAUUCACCCGACCACCAUUUUGUCGGGCUACCGCGCAGCGCUCAAAGCUGCCGUUCAGUACAUUAAGAAAACCAUGGUCGUGCAGGUCUCUACCCUCUCCGAUGAACAUUUACUGCAAGCAGCCAAAACCAGCAUGAGCAGCAAAAUUAUUGGAAACGAAUCGGAAUUCUUUUCCAAACUUUGCGUGGAUGCCGUCAAAUCUGUCAAAACAACCAGCGCCGGCGAUGGAAAGUCCAAGUACCCACUGUCGGCCAUUCAUAUCCUCAAAGCCCAUGGAAAAUCAUCGCUCGAAUCAGAGCUCAUGAAGGGAGGUUUCGCGCUGAAUGCCACUCGCGCGGCUCAGGGAAUGCCAACCCACAUUGAGUCUAGCGAGGGUGAUACAGUCAAAAUUGCCAUGCUCGACAUGAACUUGCAGAGACACCGCAUGGCCAUGGGUGUCGAAAUCAAAGUCAAAGACCCGGCCGAAAUUGAACGCAUCAAACAACGAGAAAUCGAUAUUACCAAGGAAAAGAUUCAAAAAAUCUUGGAUGCAGGGGCCAAGGUCGUCCUUACGACCAAGGGAGUGGAUGAUCUUUGUAUGAAAUAUUUUGUCCAAGCGGGUGUGCUUUGUGCCCGCCGCUGUGCCAAGGACGAUCUCAAGCGUCUGGCAAAGGCGACUGGAGGACAACUGGUCACCACCAUGGCCGAUAUGGAAGGGAACGAGAGUUUUGAUACCGCCACACUCGGACAGAGUUCGGCCAUUCGAGAAGUGCGAGUCGGUGAUGGAGAAAUGCUGCACUUUUAUGGAUGCAAAGGAAGUGGUGCCUCGACAAUCGUCCUUCGUGGAGCGAAUGAGUAUAUGCUGGAUGAAAUGGAUAGAGCGAUCCAUGAUGCUCUGUGUGUCGUCAAGCGUAUGCUCGAGAGCAGCACACUGGUGCCUGGAGGUGGAGCUGCCGAGGCGGCCCUCUCGGUCUACUUGGAAAACUACGCGUCAACCUUGGAUACUCGUGAACAGUUGGCAAUACAGGAGUUUGCAGAUGCUCUGUUGGUGAUUCCCAAAACGUUGGCUGUCAACGCUGCCAAGGACAGCUCGGAUCUUGUUGCCAAGCUUCGUGCUGUCCACGCCAAGAGCCAGCAGCCUGACAACGACGACGAUACCCUGAAAAACUACGGUCUGGAUCUUGUCAAUGGCGAAAUACGCGACAACCUUGCAGCGGGUGUUGUGGAACCAGCCAUGUCCAAGAUCAAAUCUUUCCGAUUUGCCACGGAGGCCAGUAUCACCAUUUUGAGAAUCGAUGAUCACGUGAAGGUCAGUCCACAGCAGUAGACGGCAGGGCUUGGGUUGAAGCCCGAAUCUGUAAUAGGUCGCGUGCAAAAGCAAGCAAGAAAUCAGGUGGUUGACGCCUAGUAGACGAAGCGACUCGACUUCUGAAAGGAGCGAUUUCGCUCGAUACAAGCCUGAAGACUAGUUUGCACGAAUUUGUACACCAGGAACCGCCUUAACUAUUAUAGCAAACAGGUCUACCGAAUGCC